AUGUCGAGGGCGAAUUGUGAGACGAAAAGGACUGAGAGAAAAACAAAAAAGAGGAAGAGACUGACGAGGGCUGCAAAUCUGCAAAGCCGGUGGCAAAAUGGAACCAUACGGACAUGUAGGACCCCAAUCUGGCGAGGCGAGCUGGUCCUCCUCCGGCGGCGCACAAGAGGUCUGGUACGUUGCUGUUACUUGAUCGAAGAAUCUGCCAAGUAA